GCAGGCGCGCGGCCGCGGCGGCGGUUGGGGAGGGUUCUUCCGGAAGGUUCGGGAGGCUUCUGGAAAAAGCUCCGCGCGCUGGGCGGGCCCGCCGCUAUAUAAGGGAGGCUCGGGGGCGGCGCGCCAGUUGCUUCAGCGUCCUGGUGCUGCUGCGGUGCGGAGCCCUUGCGGUCCAUUAGCCAAGAUGCCUGAGGAAACCCAGACCCAGGACCAGCCGAUGGAGGAGGAAGAGGUCGAGACGUUUGCCUUUCAGGCAGAAAUUGCCCAGCUGAUGUCGCUGAUCAUCAACACUUUCUACUCAAACAAAGAGAUUUUUCUGAGGGAGCUCAUUUCUAACUCAUCAGAUGCUUUGGACAAAAUCAGAUACGAAAGCUUGACAGACCCCAGUAAACUAGACUCGGGGAAAGAGCUGCACAUUAAUCUCAUACCAAACAAGCAAGAUCGAACCCUCACCAUUGUGGAUACCGGGAUUGGAAUGACCAAGGCCGACUUGAUCAAUAACCUUGGUACUAUCGCCAAGUCCGGGACCAAAGCGUUCAUGGAGGCUUUGCAGGCUGGUGCAGACAUAUCUAUGAUUGGCCAGUUUGGCGUUGGCUUUUAUUCUGCGUAUUUGGUUGCCGAGAAAGUAACCGUGAUCACCAAACAUAACGAUGACGAGCAGUAUGCCUGGGAGUCCUCAGCUGGGGGAUCAUUCACAGUUAGAACUGACACAGGUGAACCUAUGGGUCGUGGAACAAAGGUUAUCCUCCAUCUGAAAGAAGACCAAACUGAGUACUUAGAAGAAAGAAGAAUAAAGGAGAUUGUGAAGAAACAUUCUCAGUUUAUUGGUUAUCCCAUUACUCUGUUUGUGGAGAAGGAACGUGAUAAAGAAGUCAGUGAUGAUGAGGCUGAAGAAAAGGAAGACAAGGAGGAGGAAAAAGAAAAAGAAGAAAAGGAAUCUGAUGACAAGCCCGAAAUAGAAGAUGUUGGUUCUGAUGAAGAGGAAGAAGAAAAGAAGGAUGGUGACAAGAAGAAGAAGAAGAAGAUAAAGGAAAAGUACAUUGAUCAAGAAGAGCUCAACAAAACAAAGCCUAUUUGGACCAGAAAUCCUGACGAUAUUACUAAUGAAGAGUAUGGAGAAUUCUAUAAGAGCUUGACCAAUGACUGGGAAGAUCAUUUGGCGGUGAAGCACUUUUCGGUUGAAGGACAAUUGGAAUUCAGAGCUCUUCUUUUUGUCCCAAGACGUGCUCCUUUUGACCUGUUUGAAAACAGAAAGAAAAAGAACAACAUUAAGUUGUAUGUACGCAGAGUUUUCAUCAUGGAUAACUGUGAGGAGCUGAUCCCUGAAUACUUGAAUUUCAUUAGAGGAGUGGUGGACUCCGAGGAUCUCCCUCUAAAUAUUUCCCGUGAGAUGUUGCAGCAAAGCAAAAUUUUGAAAGUUAUCAGAAAGAAUUUGGUCAAAAAGUGCUUAGAGCUUUUCACCGAAUUGGCAGAAGAUAAAGAGAACUACAAAAAGUUUUAUGAGCAGUUCUCUAAAAACAUAAAGCUUGGAAUACAUGAAGACUCUCAAAACCGGAAGAAGCUUUCAGAGCUGUUACGAUACUACACAUCUGCUUCUGGUGAUGAGAUGGUUUCUCUCAAGGACUAUGGCACCAGAAUGAAGGAAAACCAGAAACAUAUCUACUAUAUCACAGGUGAGACCAAGGACCAGGUAGCUAACUCAGCCUUCGUGGAACGUCUUCGGAAGCAUGGCUUAGAAGUGAUCUACAUGAUCGAGCCGAUCGAUGAGUACUGCGUCCAACAGCUGAAGGAAUUUGAGGGGAAAACUUUAGUGUCAGUCACCAAAGAAGGCUUAGAACUUCCAGAAGAUGAAGAAGAGAAAAAGAAACAGGAAGAGAAGAAAACAAAGUUUGAAAACCUCUGCAAAAUCAUGAAAGACAUCUUGGAGAAAAAAGUUGAAAAGGUGGUUGUGUCAAACCGAUUGGUGACAUCGCCAUGCUGUAUUGUCACAAGCACAUAUGGCUGGACAGCAAACAUGGAAAGAAUUAUGAAAGCUCAAGCCCUAAGAGACAACUCGACAAUGGGUUACAUGGCAGCAAAGAAACACCUGGAGAUAAACCCUGACCAUUCCAUUAUCGAGACUUUAAGACAGAAGGCAGAGGCUGACAAGAACGACAAGUCUGUGAAGGAUCUGGUCAUCUUGCUUUAUGAAACUGCACUCCUGUCUUCAGGCUUCAGUCUGGAAGAUCCCCAGACACAUGCUAACAGGAUCUACAGGAUGAUCAAACUUGGUCUGGGUAUCGAUGAAGAUGACCCUACUGCUGACGACACCAAUGCUGCUGUAACUGAAGAGAUGCCACCUCUUGAAGGAGAUGACGACACAUCGCAUCCUUACGAUGGUGAUUCAGAAGACGCCCCCAGGCAUUCCCACCACAGCUUCAACGACUGUCCUCUCGGUGACGUGAGCUGGAACGCUGCUUCAUACACGCUGAAGUCAAGGAGUCCAAAGGAAGUUAAUCUAGAAGGCUCUCUGUCAUCAAAAAUUCCAGACCUUGUCAUCAAAGCUGCCAGCUGGGUCCCUGAGUCCCUGGACGCCAACGAUGUGGACAUGCAGCCCGAGGACUUGAGAGCCACGGAGGAAGACUGGGCGCCCCAGACACCUGAGCCCCUCCUUGCUCCCGUGGAGCCCCCCGAGCCCUGCAGACAGGGCCCUGGCCGAGCCAGGGGGGCAUGGCCGCCACCCAGACUCGGGAGUGACAGGGACAAGGGGCCCAAACUCUCACUCUCCAAGAGAAAACUGGAGCUUUUACUUGCAGAGCCUGAAAAAAACAAGAGAAAGAAGCAGCUUGUGGCCUAA